GUUUGUUGCGGUCAUUCAACGACUCCAUUUCGGCGCCAAGGUUCAAUCACCUCGUUGUAGAUCGCAACACGGGCCGCGUGUACGUCGGCGCAGUCAACAGGAUCUACCAGCUGUCGCCCGAUCUGGAGGUCGCUCAGUGGAUCGUCACGGGCCCCGUCAACGACUCUGCUCUAUGUGCCUUCGAUUGCCCUUCGAACUAUAUUAAGAAACCCACGGACAAUGUGAACAAGGCUUUGGUGAUCGAUUACGCGAGUAGUCGUCUCAUCACGUGCGGUUCUGUGCUUCAAGGUCUUUGUUCCGUACGAAAUCUAAACAACAUCUCGGAUGAUGUGCGCGAAGUCGGUAAGCCCGUCGUGGCAAACGAUGCGACAGCUUCGACAGUGGCAUUCAUCGCCCCAGGUCCCCCUAAUCCUCCAAUGACACAAGUUAUGUACGUGGGGGUCACCUUCACGAACAACUCACCAUAUCGCUCCGAAGUUCCUAUAGUGAGCAGUCGUUCCCUCGAUGAUGAUCGUCUGUUCAUGAUAGCCCGGAGUGAAGUAGAUACAGGUACUCAAAUGUUCGUCAAUUCUCUAUCUCGGGAGCGAUACCUUAUAAAUUAUGUAUAUGGGUUUAGCUCGGACGGAUUCAGCUACUUUUUGACGACUCAAUUAAGGGGUGUGGGAUCAGAGACAUUCUACAGCAAAUUAGUUCGAGUAUGUCAAGACGAUGAGGAUUACUACUCUUAUACCGAGAUUCCCAUAUUCUGCACCGGGGAAGGCGAGGCAGGCGGCAAUUUUGAAUACAAUCUAGUUCAAGCAGCAUUUGUAGGAAAAGCAGGUUCCGUACUCGCCGCAGAGUUGGGAAUAACCGCUCAGCAUGAUGUGCUUUUUGCUGCAUUCAGCCAAAGUGAGUCUAUAAACACGAACACGCCAUCUAAUCUCUCUGCGCUCUGUGUGUAUUCGCUCAAAGCUAUUCGGCGUAAGUUUAUGCUUAACAUAAAAAAUUGCUUCAGUGGUAAUGGCCCUCGAGGCUUAGAUUUUAUAUCGCCAUCCUACCACUGUAUUUCUACAAGAAUGCGGGCUAUUAGUGAAGAAUUUUGUGGGUUACCUGUUAAUACACCGCUGGGAGGCGAAAAUCCAGUGGAAACGAAGGCUGUAGUUAUAUUCAAGAAGAGGCUGACCGCAGUCACCGCAACUGCCAUCGUUGACAACACGGUGGUAUUUGCGGGUACGGCGCAAGGCCAUCUCAAAAAAUUUUUAGUAAAGGACGCCUUCUCCGCCAUCGAAUACGGUGACAUUAUAGUCGAUGAAGGCUUCCCAAUUAACAAGGACUUGGUCUUUGAUACCCAGCAGAUGCAUUUAUACGUAAUGACUGAACGCAAAGUGUCUAAAGUAAAAGUUCAUCAAUGCAGCGAGCACAAAAAUUGUAUUUCAUGCGUCGCAGUCAGAGACCCUUAUUGUGAAUGGUGCGAGAACGAAAAGAAGUGCGGUCCACGAACACAAUGUAUAUUAUUUGACGUCAAUAACACACACUGCAGUUAUAAUGUUCACGAUACACCAGUAGGACGCACUACUGAAUCACCUCUUCGUCUAAUGGUCGAGAACAUACCGAGCGGUGAAGUCGAACUGUUGUGUGUGUACACACUGCCAACCCUCACUAUAGUACUGAACGCAACACGACAUGAAUACGGCGUGGAUUGCCUCACGCCUGACUCGGAGAAGCUGCCUCGGGCCCCCGUCGGCCUACAUGAAUACACUGUCAAGUUAUCACUGGCCACUAUUAAAGGCUCUGAGCUCGCAGCGACCAAAAUCACGAUUUUUGCUUGCAGCUCAUAUGUUUCUUGCACCCAAUGUACUAACUCUCCCUAUAACUGUAACUGGGACUUAGUUGAUUCCAUUUGCAUCGAUGCUGCUGGUCAGGAUAACACCAUGAUUGUUUCUAACACAGUUUCAAUCGAACAAGAUAAAAAAAUGACUGUCGUAUGUCCGAAAUUAUUAGCUCCCCAACGAAUAUGGGUACCAGCAGGGAUCAAAGUAAAUGUAAAAGUUAAAGUUCAAGGCAUAAGGCCGAACAUGACUGGCAAGUUAUAUUGUUUAUUUAAAGUUGAAGCUAGGACGAUGGCAGUUGCGGGGAAUUUCCACGACAAUGUCGUACGCUGCGACGAUGCAAUAUUGAAUUACGAAAGCAGUGCGCCAAUGAUGAGCGCUUCUCUCACUAUCGCGUGGGAUGAGUGGAAACGGUUAGACAACCCUCAAGGAGUGCAUCUCAAGAUAUACAAAUGUGCGGUAAUGGCGUCCGACGAACGUUCGUGCCAUUUAUUACCUAAGACAUAUAAGUGCAAAUGGACCACGAAAGGGACCUGCGAGCAUCAAAUAACUCGAGUGAAUGACUCUGAAACACUUACAACUAUUGACAGUGUCGAAUUGCGGUGAAAAGCAAACAAAAUGAAAUUUGAGGAUCAUGUUUAGUUUUAAGAUAUUAAAUUAAUAUAAUAUAUGAUAUAUAGCUUUUUAUCUUUAAUGACGCGACAGUGUCUACCGACGGACUAUAUUAUAUCUAGGCUAAAUCAAU